AAUUCUGUCCAACCGGAUGUGAAGACAUUUAAUCCUAAACCAAUUAAGAAUGCUAAUCCACAUGAUGCCAGAUACAAACUGCCCCCCUAAUCUGGGGAGAACAGCCUGAGUGGCCUAAGAGGGCCUAAGGAGAAAACACCUUCACAGGGUUUUCUGCAUUCAGCACAUCCUGGAGAUCACUUUAUUUCUCCCUUCUGCCUUUUACCGGGUGAUCAACCCCCAGCACAGUGGCGGUCCAAUGGGCUGAGGGCAAAAGCUACUGCUUUCUCAUCUACCUUCCUUCUGAUGGAUACAGGCCUAAUCUCUGGGACAAAGAUGGUGGGUGCUAAAGCCAUUGACACAGGCUCCAGCACCGCUCUGGCCCUGGCACAGCAGCACAGCAGCAUCGGCAGUGUAGUAGUGAAAACGCCUUUCUUCUAUCAGGUGUCCUUCUGUGGACCUACUAUUCCUUACACCAGCUGCUGCCACUUUAGAUGGCCCUCUCUCACAGAGUCUACUUGCAGUCGCCUGUUCUACAUCCUCCUCCACGUGGGGACCUCAACAGUCUGCUGCCUCCUGUUAUCUAGGACUGUUGUGGAAAGAGUCUGGGGCAAGGCACAUGGGAUCCAGAUGCCCUCGGGGUUGUGUGCACACCUGUUUGGCCACUCUGACUGUCCAGUGCUCAGUGGCUCUGGGGCUGUGUACCGAGUAUGUGCAGGAACUGCCACCUUCCAUCUGCUGCAGGCUGUGCUGCUGGUCCACCUCCAGUCCCCCACCAGCCCACGGGCACAGCUGCAUAACAGUUUUUGGCUCCUCAAGCUGCUGUUCCUGUUAGGUCUCUGUGCUGUUGCCUUAUGCAUCCCUGAUGAGCAUGUCUUCCCAGCCUGGCAUUACAUUGGGAUCUGUGGAGGUUUCACAUUCAUCCUACUGCAGCUGGUGCUUAUCACAGCCUUUGCCCAUUCCUGGAACAAGAACUGGCAGACAGGUGCAGCCCAAGACUGUAGCUGGUUCCUAGCUGUGCUGCUGGCCACCAUAGGAUUCUACAGCAUAGCAGGCGUGGGAGCCGUGCUCCUGUUUCGCCACUACACGCACCCAGCUGGCUGCCUGCUCAACAAGAUGCUGCUCAUUCUACACCUAUGCUUCUGCGGCCUCCUCUCCUUCCUCUCCAUCGCUCCUUGCAUCCGCCUCACAAUGAAGCCUCCUACCUGGCUGAGGUAUUUGGGCCCUGGUGGAUCAUCAAGGUUUACAGCUAUGAAUUCCAGAAGCCCUCACUCUGUUUCUGCUGCCCUGAAACUGUGGAGCCAGAGGAAGGGGCUGCCAGGUCAACUGACCAAGAAACCACUCCAGUACAAGCCCAGCAUCUUUCCUACAGCUAUUCUGCCUUCCACUUUGUCUUCUUCCUUGCAUCACUCUACGUUAUGGUUACCCUGACCAACUGGUUCAGCUACGAGGGAGCAGAACUGGAAAAGACUUUCACGAAUGGUAGCUGGUCUACCUUCUGGGUCAAGGUUGCCUCAUGCUGGGCUUGUGUACUCCUCUAUCUGGGGCUGCUACUGGCACCACUGUUGGUCUCCAACCCAGCAACCCCAGCCCUCUCUCAUCUUCAGGAGACAAUGCCAUCGAAUCAGUGUCACCAGAUAACAAACAGCCCAGGGUCCCCCUAACAUUUUAAAACACUGAAAAGUCCUUUGAGGUUAUAUCCCUCGUCUUGGCUCAGGGAAGCUAUCCAGCUCAGCUGAAUACCUCAAGGACAUAACGGGAGUUACUUCCCUUUAGGCUGAAGUCUAUAGCAGUCUAAAAUGGAAGAAGUGGUUGCAUACACCCUAAUGCCCCAGGCAGAGUUUCUGAAUCACUGGAGCUACUGUUUUGUCUUCAUCCCAGCUCAAGAGCCUAACUCCCAAAUCUGCAGCUCAGGAACCACUGCUGAUCCCAGCAGACAGUGUGGCACCAGCUCUCUCUUGGCACUUGAGCUGGAUGUGGGAGCAGGGAAAGACCAACAGAGACUGAAGACAUGGCUCUAUCCUUGGAGAUAAAAAGGAAAAUAAGCAGUUCAGUGCUGGGCACAGGGGGAUAAAAGAAGCCCAGAACUACAGAACAAACCAGGGAAUAGGAAGAAAGGAGCACAAAGGCUAGCCCUGGUUUUAAUCCUGACCUUGAGGUGAAGGGAAGUGGGAAGACAAAACCACCCUCAUUCCAUGAGAAUGACAGAAGAGAAUGUGAACACUUGAGAGCAACUGGCCACGGGAAGUCGGUUAGCAGCAGGAUUUUUUGGCCAACUUUUAAGCAGAUGAACAAACUGAGGAAGAACGAGGAAGAGAAGCAUAAACUUAAGUCUUGGAGCCUUCCCUCAGGCCCUCAACUCCAUCCUUGGGAUGAUGUUUUAAGGUGUGGGUAGGGGACAAAAGUCACAGAAAAGUUUCUAAGGUUCUUAGAGGAUUUCCUUUACUAUGUACCUGGAGUACUUGUCUGCUUGUCAUAGUAUAAUAAAGGCUUUUUCUGUGAUGUUUCACUUAUUAACUCUACAUAUCCACCACCUCUUAGAAGUCUAAAGAGCUCUCCCUUUU